AUGCCCAAAAAGCACAGACAGACAUACCAACCCAAACCAGGCUCGAACUAUGUUCACCCCUCCCUCGGAGGUGCUUCUCGUACCGGCGAGAAUGCUCAAGCAAAACCUGUGUUAUCCGUCAACGAACGUCUCACCAACCUGAGACUCGCCCAGUCAUCCCCAGCUUCCGUCGAAAGAAAGCGUCAGCUCGCUGAACUUUCAAACCAAAGGUCAUUACCUCCAAGCCUUGGACAGGGUAUCUUGGGUCAGACUGCUGUAGCUGCGCCCGCUCCGAGAAAUAGUGCUUCUCAGAGAUCAAGAGUGCGGCUGAGGACGCCCGGCCCUGCCCCUCCGCCUAGUUGGGUGUCGAGACUAACAAGUCAUAGACAAGCACUCGAGAGCCGCUACUAUCCAGCGAAACGACAGCCAAGGAUCUUAGGCCAGAACGGAGGUCCGGCGAGGAAUCUACCGGAUGGACUGGCCCGCUUCUUGAAUAUGGCAAAUGACAAUCCUGUCAUUCCUGGCAGCUUGUUGGACAUGUCGCUCAAGGUGGCAGCCCGAAACUGGUCAGACAUCGUAGAAGACUGUGGCGAAUGGCUCGAUGUGAUCCCACCACAUUUACGUGUUGUCCUACUCAGCUAUUUGACCACUUUAGGACCUCCAGAAGGUGUUGACAUGGCUGGCCUCCAAGCUCUCUUUCCCAAUCCAUCCGAAGCCACCUCUCUGGACCUAUCAGGGCUAGUGGGGUGGAGCUUCACGCUCAAAGAACUCAGAAGAUGGUUGCACAGGUCGGCAGAGGAAUCUAAAAACCUGGCCGCAAAGUCCAAGAAAGAAAGAAGUGACAUUGCGGAUUCGUGGGACCAAGACACCUCCUCAGACGACAGCGACUUCUUUAUUCCAACAUCUCUCAGCAACAAUCUCCAAUACCUGACCAAACUCUCCCUAGCCCAUCCUCCUCCUACAGCCUCCUGGACAGACCUCCUACUUCUCUCCAAGGACCUACACACCAUAACCCACCUCAGCCUAGCACACUGGCCACUACCAACACGAACCCCAAACUCAACCUCNCCCUACGCCUCUCUCGACCGCGACUUUGAAGAACCAGCUCUAGUUCUCCGCAUGCUAGCCGAAAACACCUACUGCCUCCGCUGGCUCGAUCUCCAAGGCUGCCACUCCUGGCUCCCAGCCCUAACCCACCGCUCCCACGCCCUGCCCCAACCCACAGACUCGGACGACAGCGACAACGACUGGUCACUCCAAUCCCAACGUCUCAAAGGUCCAGAUUGGAACGGAGCCUGGCGCCAUCUCACCUACCUAAAUCUGUCCCAAGACUCUUCUGCAUGGUUCCCCACCAACACCGCAUUUCUCAAAACCUCUGGCUUCCGCCAGAAAAUGGCAAAGACUUAUUUCCGCAUUGGCGUCAAACAUCAACAGAUUAUCGAUGACUUGCGCGAUUACAUUUCUGUUCACCCGGAAAAGAGAGAAUAUCAAGUUCAGCAUUGUGGUGAUUGUCACGCUACUGCAGAUUCGGGGGACUGUUGGCAAGAAUGUGGGAAUUGUAACACUUAUCAAGAUAUGUUUGUGGGUCUGAUGGCCAGAUGGUUGGAAAGAGAAGCAGAGGCGAGAACGGUGGCUCGAGGUAUCAUUGCCGCUAGACAGGGCACGGGUCUCAGGUGUACGUUUGACCACGGGUGGCAGAGCAGAGAAAGUUAUCCCAUCUUGAACUGGCCAUAG